GGGAGAGAGAGGACACACCGAGAGGAAGAGACAUCUGUUUACUGAGCAUGUUAAAGGAGGAAUUCAACAUUCAAGAACGUUGGGAGUACCCCCUACUGAAGAACCGUUGGCUCAGCGGACAGUGGACGUUUCCCCCCCUACUGAAGAACCGUUGGCUCAGCGGACAGUGGACGUUUCCCCCCUACUGACGAACGUUGGGAGUACCCCCUACUGAAGAACCGUUGGCUCAGCGGACAGUGGACGUUUCCCCCCCUACUGAAGAACCGUUGGCUCAGCGGACAGUGGACGUUUCCCCCCUACUGACGAACGUUGGGAGUACCCCCUACUGAAGAACCGUUGGCUCAGCGGACAGUGGACGUUCCCCCCCUACUGAAGAACCGUUGGCUCAGCGGACAGUGGACGUUUCCCCCCUACUGAACAUGAACAGGAGAUGAUGUUUAGGAGCAUUCUCAUUUUGUGCCUGUUUUGCAAAUGUACCAAAACGCUGUCAAGCAACAGUGGUCCAAGUUUGACCGUCCCUAAAAAUUCCCCCUCAAGAAAACCACCCGUGUCUGUGGCGCCAGUUGAAGACGACAGCAGUGAACUUGUGGAUUGGCUGAUGAGGUACGGAUACCUCCCGCCCCCAGAUCCAUCCACUGGGCAGCUACAGGCCUGGACAGCUGUCACUCAUGCAGUGAAAUCCAUGCAAAGGUUUGCUGGCCUAACGGAAACUGGAGUAGUGGACCAGGAGACCACUGCCUUGAUGAAGUCACCACGGUGCUCUCUACCUGACCAGGAGGAGCCACCUGGACAGCCAGCCAAUCAGCACCAAGGAGGGAGGGGCUCGUUGAAGAGGAAGAGGAGGACGGCUGGUUCGACUUGGACCCGGCGGAGCAUCAACUGGAGGUUGCGGUCCUACCCCUUCUCCUCUGAUCUCUCCCGGGAGACCAUCCGGUCGCUGGUUUACUACGCCUUGAGGGUAUGGGCGGAGCCAACCUCCUUAGAGUUCCAUGAGGUGGCCGGCCCCGAGGGAGCAGACCUGCAGGUGGACUUCCUCCAUGGUCACCAUGGGGAUGGCUACCCUUUUGAUGGGCCAGGCGGUGCCGUCGGCCACGCCUUCUUCCCCUCUGACCCCAGGAGGGCGGGCGUCGUGCAUCUGGACUCAGAGGAGGACUGGUCCUUCAGGAAACCAGGGUCGGAGGGGACGGACCUGUUCACCGUGCUGGUCCAUGAGGUGGGCCACGCGCUGGGCCUGGCCCACUCCUCUGACCGCCGCUCCGUCAUGAGGCCGUACUACCUGGGCCCCGCCGGGGACCCCCUGGGCUACAGCCUGGGGCCCCCCGACCGGCAGCGCAUCACAGACCUCUACGGAAAGAGAGCUGAGCUGCUGACUACAGACGCACCUCAUCUCAGUCCUGACCCCCGCCUGCGCCAUAGAGGACAAGGCAGACAUGGUGAUUUCAUUGAUCGUUGCAACACCAGUUUCGACGCAGUAGCCAAGCUCAGAGGAGAGACGUUUUUCUUCAAAGGGCAGAGCAUGUGGAGGGUCAGCAGGGGGGGUCUGGUCUCCGGCCACGGAGCCUCCAUUAGGAGGCUGUGGACUGGCCUACCUGACCCCCUGCCCACCCUCCAGGCCGUGUUGGAGAGGAAAGGGGACCAUGGCAUUAUGUUCAUCAGCGACUCCAGGGUUUGGCUGUUCCAGGACCUGUCUCUGCAGGAGGGCUACCCUCGACCCCUCUCAGACCUCCGCCUGGACACCAGGGACGGGGGAACCACCCCUGGGCUGAAUGGUCUGGUGUGGGACUCUGAAGAAGGGCCUGUGUGGGGGGUGAUGGGGGAACCAGCAGAGAAGGACAACGACACCUGGGCUAGCCUCCUCCAGGCGGGCGUCAACGGCAUCACCACGGAUACGGGCGAUUCCAUCUACCUCUUCAAAGGAGACCGCUAUUGGAAGUUCCUGUUCCCUGGCUCCUCCCCAGAGCCGGGGUACCCACGACCCAUGGCCGCUGAUUGGCUCAACUGCCCUGACACCUCCUCACCCUUGCCAGCCGACGCGUCUCCGUCGUUUCAUCCCGUCGGACGUCAAGGGGUCCAAGAGAAAUGGAGAGAGGAGAGAGUCGUACGUGUGGAAGAAGGAAAAGACAAGGAACAUGAAAACGGAGUCCAAUAUGGAGACGGAGAACGGAGCAGACCGCAGCUCCGUGCUUGUAUCUGCAGUACAGCGCCAGUGACCAGGACCGCCCCCCUCAGUACGGCCUUACUCCUAGGAACUUGGAUCCUGUCCGCUAUGUAAUGAUGGCCGUUAGUGAAAGUUCUCAGAGACCAUGUAAAACCAGCCUGUGGCAGUUAAUAGACUUUGUGAGUUCAACUAUAGAUAUACACGGUUACAGCAUGGGGUUAAGGUAAUGGAAGAGGGGAAGGGAGGGGU